UUGCCGAAAACAUUUGCCAGGCGGUUCUCAACACUAGUUACUAGUUAGUUGCUCUUGAAACAUAAACGUUGCCCGCAUACUAAGACAAUAUGAAGAUCGCAUUUAUUUUAUUGUUCGCCUUUUAUUACGCUGAAUGUCGUAAAGUAUACCAGCCUUUUGACAAAAAUGCGAACCUUGCUUUUAUCAACAUGGAGGCAGGUGGCGUAAAUCCUGGUCAACGACCUGCAAACCCAGCUCCAGCUAUUCCAGCGCCAAAAUCUGCACCUGCGAACGUUCCUCCUAAACCAACAGCGACCGUACCAACUACGAUUAAAGCGGUACCAGCAGCGAAACCAAUUCAGACUACUCAAGCGCCGACUCAAGUGAAACCCGUACCCGUGUAUCCGACCCCAGCGACCAAGCCAGUCACUACACCGGGUCCUGGCAGUGUAAAGCAUCUUAUUAACUUCUAUGAUAGUCAGGGUAAAGCAAGUGUCAUACGCCCAUACAGUUACAGUCAAGCAGUUAAACAAGGUUAAACGUUUUCAUAUGUAUUAUUUUAUUAACUUAAA